UGACCUUUUUGUUCGGAACUGGUAAGUGGUUUCAUAUUUACCCCACUUGAAAUGAUGUUCAAUGCAGAUGGUGGGAACGAUUUUCUAUUUGAAACGCAUCACAAAAUUUUAACCUGUUCUGAUUAUUUUUCUUUGAUCUGUGCUGCCUACAGGCUUUUGGCUGGCCGACGUCAUGGGCGAUAGCGUUGUUGCUGAAAAAGCUAGGUUAGAGCCUUCCUUCGCGAAAGGUGCGACGCAGUCAUCUUGUUAUAGCUACCGAUUCUUUGGCUACAUGUGUGCUGGCCCACUCUCUACUGCCCUCUAUAAAUGGCGAGGUCCCGGCUCGGUCAUCUUUCUAUUGUCUGCACUGCCACUCUCCGUUCUACCGUUUGUGUAUUAUUUGGGCGAGGUACGAUACUCCGCAGUUGCCUCCACAAGAGAUCAGUGCCACGAAAUUUGGACGACAGUUUGUUCCCGAUCUGUAUGGCAGCCUAUGGCCUUCGUAUACAUAUACAAUGUCCUGCAGAUUGGGAAUGCGGCUUGGAACCAAUAUCUCAAGACGACUCUGGAGUUUACGAGUACGCAAAUCAAUCUUAUUUACAUCGCAUCGAGCGUGCUGCUCUAUCUUGGAAUCAUCACGUACAAAUACUUUAUGAUGAAUUGGUCUUGGCGGCUAGUAUACGUUAUCUGUACACUCUUGAAUGGAGUUUUCAGCGCCCUUCAAAUUCUACUGAUUCUCGGAAUAACCUUUGGCAUACCGAACUUCGCUUUCGCAUUGGGCGACGAUGCAUUUGCUGAAUUUCUUGCAGGUGUUCAAUUUCUUCCAUCCACAAUCAUGGUAAGUUCUCGUUGCAUUUGGAGCUCUCAAACGAACAGAAAGUCAUACAUCUCUAAUCGAGCCUUUUCUUUUUCUUAGAUGGUACAUCUCUGUCCCGAGGGUUCAGAGGGAGCAUCGUACGCUAUGUUCACAACAAUCCACAACUCUGCCGGACAGGUCAGCAGAGCUAUUUCGACUCAUUUGCUCGGUAUAUGGGACGUUUCCAAGGAUGCUUUGGCCGACCACGAAUUAACCGGAAUGGUGAAUCUGGCGCUCCUCACGUCAAUCGCACAACUUAGUGGAAUUCUGUUGGUCCGAAUGCUUCCGCGAACCAAAGACGAACUGUUUGAGUUGCGCGACUCGGAAUACGGGUCGUCACGAACAGGGGGGCUGAUCUUUUUGGUUAUCACCUUUGCAUCGAUUUUGUAUGCCAUGAUCGUAGGUAUUCUGAACGUGGUUGUUCCGGGCUGGAGCGGAGAAUCGUAAAAGCAUAAAUCGAAAGUUUUUUG